CACACCUUUCUCUUCCAUUGCUUCCUUCUUCACACAAUCCAAUCCUCUCUAUUUCAGCAUAAAAGAUUUAACCCUUUGCAGGAAGUUAAGAGGUAUCUUGAGACUGAGAGCCGCUAAAAGUGGGGAAAAGAUCAGUUUUUGUUUUCUCAGAUUUUGUUUAAUAAAUAAAGUGGGGUAGAGCUGGAAAAAGAGGACAAGAAGAAGAAAUGGGUGUUCAGCUGCCAGAUGUUGCAGUUGAAAUGAGGAAAGUUCUAAUCUUUUCCAUCAAAACAUGUUAUAAAAUUGUUUCCAGCCAUCCAUUCCUAGUGGGGUUGUUUUGUUUUUUGGCGUUACUGUACAGAUCAUUCCCUUUGGUGUUUUCUGUGUUGGUGUCUGUAUCUCCUGUUCUUAUCUGCACUGCCGUUCUCCUUGGAACUUUAUUGAAUUUUGGCAAUCCAAACAUACCUGAGGUUGAAAAGGAAGAAGGAGGCAAAACAGUUCAUGAUCAUAUAGUAUCUCUAAAAACUGGGGUUUUGUCAAAUUCCACUGUUCUUGAGAAGGAUGAGAGCUAUUAUUCUGUUGAACAGUUCAAGGAGAAUAAGAAUAUAUUAGAUCAGUUACUUGAUGAUCCAUUUUGUGGUAAGGUUGAAAACCAAACCCGGGGUAUUGAGUUGUAUGAUGGGAAAAUUUCAGAGCAUAAGUACACUCCAAUUCCUAAUAUGGAUGAUGAGAGUCUUGAUUCUGAUUAUGAGAAACCCUCAUAUUCCUGUGAUAAUAAUAUGGAUGAACACAAUCUUGAUUUUGAUAAAAAAUCUGCGGACUCAAAUGACUCUAAGAUGGUGAACAUUGGUUCCCCUCUUAUAGAUAGGGAGGAUUUUGAACACCAUCGAUUCUCUCAGGUUCCUAAUAUAGAUGACGAUAGGAAUCUUAAAUUUGAUGAAAAAGACCCUAAAAUGGCGAUGGUUGAUUCAAAACAAGAGGAGCAAGAAGAGGAUGCUGAUUAUGAUGACGAGACUUCAGAUUCCGGUUCGGAUGGAGCAGAGAGUUCUUCCCCAGAUGCUUCAAUGGCUGACAUCAUCCCGAUCCUUGAUGAACUCCAUCCUCUUCUGGAUGAAGACGAGAACAACCCGCAACCCGUUAAUGAUUUAGAUUCAGAAUCAGACGACGGGUAUGAAAACCAGGAAGUAGAAGAGAAAAUCCGCAAAGAACAAGCAGAAACCAAAUCUAGAAUGAUUAUAUGGACGGAGGAGGAUGAGAAGAAUCUGAUGGAUCUUGGAAGCUCAGAGAUUGAGAGGAAUCAACGGCUGGAAAGCCUCAUUGCCCGUAGAAGAGCUAGGAUGAACAGAAGGAGUACAAUGGUUGAGAAGAAUUUGAUUGAUUUCGAAAGUGUUUGUGAUCUUAUCCCAUUCAACAUUUCCCCCAUUUCAAUUCCCAAAAAAAAUCCGUUUGAUCUUGCUGCUGAUGAUAUAGGACUACCACCCAUUCCAGGGUCUGCCCCAUCCGUUUUGCUUUCCAGGACCAACCCGUUUGAUAUCCCUUAUGACUCGAGUGAAGAAAAGCCUGAUCUAAUGGAAGACAGUUUCCAACAAGAGUUCAAGACUGCCAAAGAUCCAUUCUUUAGUGUACGCCCAUCAUUAUUCGUUCCAAUUAUACAAGAUACGCACUCGGAAGGAGCAAGCUAUCCACGGUUUCAAAGACAACCAAGUGAGCUUAGUGAGUCAAAAGUUAGUUCUAUUCCUGAAACUGAGUCAAACGAUUCAGCUAUUGAUUCAGAAGUCCAGAAUUUGGCUGAUGAGACCGAUGGUAUGUCAUGGAAAAGUGAAGAGAAUGGUCUGGAAGUGGGACCAAGUCCGGCCCAUGAAGGAUGUGCUUCUGAAACUUUGGAUCUCAUUGCAACUGAAAUUCAUUCACAGCCAGAAACUUCAUUAGGAGGGGCAGAUGUGGAUGAGAAUCAUCAAUACAGGGAGCCUAUAUAUGAUCUAAGUCCAACUCGAGCAGAAAAAAUAUCUUCAUCAUCCAUUGCUUCAGAUGAUCAAGUGAAGGAAAUUAAGGAAAUGGAAAAGCCUACUCCAAUCAGUGAAGAAAUCUUAGCUAAUACAUGCUCCCAGCCAAACUCUCCCGGAUAUAAAUGUGCUGCUGCAGCAAUGUCAUUUCUUCAGUCUGAUGAUGAAUUGAGAUUGUUGGAUUCCAAAGACCAGACUGAAGUGCAGGAGACACCGCUUAUUUUGAUGGAAUCACCUAAGAAGGCAAGUGAUUCAAAUGUGUUAGAAACGAGAGAUGAUGACAGCGAGGCUCAUUCUCCACCAUCUCCUGCGUUUAAUCAAAUGCUCCACACGGCUGAUGAUGGUCAAACAGACACAAAAGAGAGAUCUUUUAAUGAACUUGAAAAUGAUGACCACAUUGAUGUCUUAUCACCCCAUAAGUUUUUCAUGGAAGCAAUUGAUUUCCAUGAAAACAUGCAACACGUAGAUGACGAAACAGAUGGCAUCAAGGAAAUCGAUGAGGGGAUAUUAUCCGAAUUAGAUGCUGUUGGUGAUUUCAGCUUCAAUGAACCGGUUGCUACAAGCUUCUCCAAUGAGUUUGAAAGUCUAUCCAUUCUACACAAUAUCUGCUCUGUCAGCCCGAGUUUUCUUGAAGAAAAAGAAAUACACGAAGAAAAAGAAGACUCCAAUUUUGUUCAUGAAAAGACAUUUCCAGUUCUCGGACCUUCUCCAUCGAACCAAAAUUCAAGUACAGAAGACAUCAACCUGGGAGUGACUCUAGUUGAAGAAGCAAGCUCACUGAAAGAUCUAGAAUCCAGUUAUGAAAACAAAGGGGCUCUUGAGCUACCUGAGUUGCCUCAAGAAAAUGAAAAAUAUGAUCUUCUUGAUAAUCAUUUUCAUAUCGAUUCACCAUUUAAGCAGAUAGAUCACGAAGAACGUGAAAGACACGACCUUCUUGAUCAGUCCACUCAUUCUGAUAUUAAUAACAAGAAGGCGCCUGUCGAUUCUGGGAGCCCGAGGAAUGUGAUACUGCAUGAACAUUUAACAUUAAUACAUAAUGAAAUCCCAUGUUCUCAAGAUAGAUUGGCUAGUAAAGUUGAACUGGAUACUGAAGGGAACUUAUCUGAAGAAAUAUCAUGCAAUGUACCCGAAAAGCUGGAUUGUGAAGUUAACUCAAAAGAUUCAAACUUCAUUACAUCUGUUGAAAAGGUUGAUCAAGAAGCUCCUAAACAUGACGAUUCAAGUUAAGGAGAUGCAGACUCCUAAAAACUGGGUACAAGAUCAGGUGAUUCUGAUAAGGAAUGAGAAAGUGUGAACCAAUCUUUCUGGGAAAAGGAAGAAUGAUGAAUUGGGUUUUGAUUUUUUUUCUUCUAUUACAUGCUAGCAAGUCGCUAGUUACAUAAUUAUUUGUUCCUUUUUCUUUAAUUUUUUAUUCUUUUUUGUUUUGGUGUGCCUUGUCUGAGGGCUCUUGGGAUAGUUUGGACUAUUCCAUUUGGUUUUCUGUUUUGGUUUCAUUUGUAUGUCGAUUUUUGAGAGAAAAGCAGUAAUGAGUGGCUAUUGCAAACUGUUAAAUUGUAUGCUGUUCAUAUAUACACUAAUACACUGUUAAUUUUAAUGUAAAGUGAGUGGCUAUAGCAUUAUAAAUCUC